GUAAAAACAAGCCACUAGCGGAUAUACUCAGCUCAGUUUCAACAAUAGGCUUUCCUUUUACCUUCCCGCCCUCUCACCCAGUCGUUGCCUGCAGGAUCAGAUCUUCAGAUCCAAUGGCGAAUCUAUACAGGAAUUUAACGUGCCAAAAGACCAGCUCAUGGCUGUCCUCUUCCACCUCAUGGACCACAGGAUCGUGUCUUCAGCGACUGUCUUCACACACCCAUGGAAGCUCUCCGUUCGUAUCGCAUUCCACCCAUUAUCGACCAUCGUCAGUCCGACGCUUCACCGCAGACUCGACCAAGUUCCGAGGCGAAUUAUGGGCCUCAAAAAAAACAAAGGACGGACCAUCGUCAAAUUCUGGAUCAGGAAUGGUACGAAGACCUCUUUCAAGGGACGAGAAACCCAAUCGCUCAGGCGAUCCAUUUGACAAGAGCACGAGCGAUAGAACCAACCGCUCAGGCGAUCUAUUUGGCAGGAGCACGAGUGACAGAACCAACCGCUCAAGCGAUCCAUUUGACAGAAUAUCGAACGAUAAGGACUCUGGAAAAUAUGGACGGUCAUCAUUCGGCCAGCGCGAGGCAUCCUCCAACCCUCGCAACUCCUCCUUCGUCCGAGAUCGCUCUUCAGACUCAUCUUAUUCGUCGAGGAGUGAAGGCGCCUCAUACAGCCGUGGAUCAUCAUCUUCAGGAGGUUCAGCGAGAAGCUACGACCCCAUUAUGUCGGAGAGCAAUGGCGGCCCUAGUCGAUACAUGUCAUCAGACUAUGACUAUCUCUAUUCUCCCAACGUGGUCCUAUCGGCACUGAAGAACGAUCUUCGAACACCACACACACUAUACUACCUGAGGACGAUCACCCAGAACAGGAAAAGGCUACUAGCAGAUCCGGUUGCUGAAUGCAUUCGCGCAGCACAGGCAGCCGGCGUCAAGGUCGUCAAGACUACUAAACACGAGCUCAACGAAAUGGCACAGCAACGGCCGCAUCAGGGGAUUGUCCUUGAAGCUUCAAAGUUACCAGAGGUAUAUGUCAAAGGCCUGGGACCUGUCUCUGUGGAUAAUGAAUACACACUGGAUGGCAAAACCCGUAACAGGACAUUUGUGGGCCGCAAAGACGAGCCUCCUGUGUGGAUCGCAUUGGACGAGGUGGUUGAUCCACAGAAUUUGGGCGCCAUCUUGCGUACGGCUUUCUUCAUGGGAGUCGAUGGCGUUGUUGUCUGCCACAAGAACAGUGCACCACUGUCUGCGGUCGUCGCAAAGGCGAGCGCGGGUGCACUAGAAGUGAGACCGACCUAUGGUGUCCAGAGUUUGAUGAAGUUUAUACAGGCAUCGCAAAAGAACGGAUGGCAUGUAGUCGGAGCCCACGUUACAUAUGGAUCAAAACGCAACCGUCCCUGGCAUACAUGGCCAAGUACAGGGGUCGAACAGCCAACGCUUUUAAUCAUGGGCAACGAAGGCAAUGGACUUCGGAAACAGAUCAUGGGCCAGUGCGACUCGUUCAUUCAGAUCCCAUGCUUGAGUACUACCGAAUCCAAUGUCGACUCUUUGAAUGUGAGCGUCGCAACAGGAAUCAUCUUGUCCAAGUUGAUGGGUGGCCGGUUCCUGAGCCUGCCAAAGAAUUUGAAAAAGUUCCCGUUGCGCGCACUCAGGGGACAGGAGUCAGCGACUGCGGAGGACAGGGACGGUCAGGAUGAAGACGACGAUACCGGUGAUAACGACGAUGACGAAGAUACCGGCAAUGAUGACGAUGACGAUGACGAUGACCAGGAUGAAGACGUCGAGGUGGAUGAGGACGACAGCGCUAGUCAAGGUAAAGGUGCUAAAGGAUCGUCUAAGACAGAACAGCCCAUGCCAUGGUAGUGAUCAUUGCCAGUAACUUGUGAACUCAAUAGAACACAUGCAAAUCAUCUCAUGCAAAAA